CCCGCAGUUUUGUUGUCUGGGUUUUUUGAGGCUUUGCUGCUAUCAGUCGGCUCUCCUUUUCUUUCGGUUUCAUCAAAUUCUGGAUCUCUCCCCUCGACUUUCUCACGACCCCCGUCUCCACCAUGCCCCCAUAUCCUUAAGAUACCCUAUUUUCAUAUUCUCCUUUUCAAAAGAUUCAGAUUCUUCUCUCGCCAAUUACAUUCACCUAUUUCAAAACAUUCACCAAAUUUCGAUUUUUAUUGAAUUAUUUGCAACAGUCCUCCUUUUCUCUUCCUAACAUAUUGAAUCCCAUCUGGGUUUUGUUUCUUUCGAUUCAUAUUGUUGCAAAUCUUUGUUCUUGAAUUCAACACAUGGCAGCCAAGCUGGGAUCGCUCCAUUAUGUAUUGGACCAUAUUUACGGUGCGUUCAUGCACAGAACCAAGAUGACUCCUCAAUUCUUCUCAAGAGGGUGGGGCGGUAAACAGCUUGAAAUGCUGGAGAGGAUGUUUGACCAGCUAUUUCCAGAGGCUGCGGGACAGAAUUGGCCUCCCAUUUUGGUGAGGCCCACUUGGAAGACAGUUUGGGAGAGCAAGGGUGCUUGUCUUCGAGAAGGUGUGUUCAGGACUCCUUGUGAUGAGCAGCUUCUGAGUGCUUUGCCUCCUGAGAGUCACAGUGCAAGAGUUGCUUUUCUCGUUCCCAAAUCGGUCCCCCCUCAGAAAAUGGCCUGUGUGGUUCAUCUUGCAGGGACUGGGGACCAUUCAUUUGAACGAAGGUUACGACUUGGGGGACCAUUACUGAAGGAAAACAUUGCAACUAUGGUGCUUGAGAGCCCUUUCUAUGGAAAAAGACGUCCUAUGCUGCAGCGUGGUGCAAAGCUGUUGUGUGUUAGUGACUUGCUUUUAUUAGGAAAGGCAACCAUUGAAGAAGCUCGCAGUCUCUUGCAUUGGUUAGACUCUGAGGAAGGCUUUGGGAAAAUGGGUGUUUGUGGACUUAGUAUGGGAGGGGUACAUGCUGCAAUGGUUGGAUCACUGCACCCUACACCUGUUGCAACUCUUCCUUUUCUAUCUCCACACUCCGCUACUGUGGCAUUCUGUGAGGGAAUAUUACAGCACGCUACUGCAUGGGAAGCACUGAGAAAGGAUCUUGCAGUAAUGACUCUUGAGGAAGUCAGAGAGCGAAUGCGCAAUGUUUUAUCUCUCACAGAUGUGACACGCUUUCCGAUUCCAAAAAACCCCAAUGCUGUGAUAUUUGUCUCUGCUACAGAUGAUGGGUACAUCCCAAAACACUCAGUGUUAGAGCUUAAGAAAGCUUGGCCUGGUUCAGAAGUAAGAUGGGUCACUGGUGGACAUGUCUCCUCUUUUCUUCUCCACAAUGACGAGUUUCGCAAGGCCAUUAAAGAUGGACUUGACAGAUUACAAUGGAAGGAGUCUCCAUUGUGACAUUGGCAUUACAUGAGAAGAAGACACCUUGUACUUGGUCUGAAAUGGUAAAUCUUCACUACUAAUUCUGACUGCUGUUGUAUAAAGUGGAUAUAGUUGAUGUCUGGAACACCCCAAAUGGGGUAUUUUAUGCAGAAUCUGUUUCCCCAUGUUCUCUCAUGACUUGUGUAUCUCAUUUUGCACUCUAAUCUGUAAGUGUCCAAUUCUGCUGGUAGAGAUACUGGGUUCUUCGUAAAUUAAUAAUGUAUAUUUUAAAGUAUAACAUUCAUCUGAGUAUUCAAA